GGGAGAGCGGAUAUAGUGAAUGCGGGGUCCGGGGAGACCGGAUAUAGUGAAUGCGGGGUCCGGGGAGAGCGGAUAUAUUGAAUGCGGGGUCCGGGGAGAGCGGAUAUAGUGAAUGCAGGGUCCGGGGAGAGCGGAUAUAGUGAAUGCGGGGUCCGGGGAGACCGGAUAUAGUGAAUGCGGGGUCCGGUGAGAGCGGAUAUAGUGAAUGACCGGAUAUAGUGGAUAUAGUGAAUGCAGGGUCCGGGGAGACCGGAUAUAGUGAAUGCAGGGUCCGGGGAGACCGGAUAUAGUGAAUGCAGGGUCCAGGGAAACGGAUAUAGUGAAUGCAAGGGUCCAGGGAAACCGGAUAUAGUGAAUGCAGGGUCCGGGAUGAUCAGUGCAUUCCCAUGCAGACAGUCCCAUUCAUAUCAACUAGGAUGCAGUAGCUGCACGGACACA